GAGCAGCGCAACAGCAUGGCAGGGCUUCGCGUCUGCUCCGUUCUGGUGACGGGGGCCAACCGGGGGAUCGGCCUGGGGCUCAUCCGGCAUUUCCUGGGGAUGCGAAACCCACCCAAGUGGGUCUUUGCGACUUGCCGAGACCCCAGGGGGCAGCGAGCGCAGGACUUACAGAAUGUGGCCUCCAAUCACGCCAACCUGGUCAUCAUCCCGCUCGAGGUCACCGACCCCACCAGCAUCAAGGCAGCUGCAGCCAGAGUUGGGGAGCACGUGGGGGGCUCGGGGCUGAACCUCCUCAUCAACAACGCUGGGAUGGUGAUAAAUAACACACUUGAUGACGAGACGCCAGAGAACAUGACCCAGAUUUACACCACCAACACGGUUGGGCCCCUGCUGCUGGGCCAGGCGUUCCUGCCCUUGCUGAAGAAGGCUGCCCAAGGGAGCCCGGGCUCAGGGCUGAGCUGCAGCAAGGCAGCCAUCAUCAAUAUAUCCAGCUGUGGGGGCUCCAUCACUUCUCCCUCUGGCUGGGAUCUGCUUCAGGUUGUGUCAUACCGCUGCAGCAAGGCUGCUCUGAACAUGCUGACCAAGUGCCAGUCCCUGGGGUACCGGGCGCACGGUGUCCUCUGCGCUGCUCUCCACCCUGGCUGGGUGCAAACUGACAUGGGGGACUCCGUCGGAAACGUGGCCCCCUUGACGGUGGAUGCCAGCGUGCGAGGGAUGCUGAAGGUGCUCUCCUCCCUCUCCGAGAAGGACACCGGCACCUUCCUGGACUGGGAAGGGAAGGUCCUGCCCUGGUGAGGUGCCGGCCAGACUCCUGGCAGUGGGGCCCUGGCCGCUGCUCCCGCCUGCCCUGCAUCCUCAAUAAAGCCCUGCCUGAGA